UCUUCUGCCCCCAAGACCAGAGAGGACUCUUGGGAGCCAAGAAAGGUUUAAGAAGUCUUCCUGGACAGAUGCCGUGCGUAGUGAGGACCAAAGGCGCUCCGGGCAGAGCAGGUCCAGGGGCGCGGAGAGGAGAUAGGGCCACCAUGGGCCUUCUUCAGGGCCUUCUUGGAGCAAGGAACCUGCUGUUGGUCGUCUGCGUUCCGCUGCUGCUGCUGCCUCUGCCCAUCCUCCACCCCAGCAGCGAGGCUGCAUGUGCUUAUGUUUUGAUCGUGACCGCUGUGUACUGGGUGUCCGAGGCAGUGCCUCUUGGAGCUGCAGCCCUAGUGCCUGCCUUCCUCUACCCGUUCUUUGGAGUUCUCCGAUCCAGCGAGGUGGCAGCCGAGUAUUUCAAGAACACCACUCUGCUGCUGGUGGGUGUCAUCUGCGUGGCGGCCGCCGUGGAGAAGUGGAACCUGCACAAAAGAAUCGCCCUGCGCAUGGUCUUGAUGGCCGGAGCCAAGCCAGGCAUGCUGCUGCUCUGCUUCAUGUGCUGCACCACGCUGCUGUCCAUGUGGCUCUCCAACACCUCCACCACGGCCAUGGUGAUGCCCAUCGUGGAGGCCGUGCUGCAGGAGCUGGUCAGUGCCGAGGAGGAGCAGCUCGUGGCGGGCAACUCCAGCGCCGAAGAGGCCGAGCCCAUCAGUCUCGAUGUAAACAGCCAACCAUCUCUGGAACUCAUCUUUGUCAAUGAAGACACGUCAGCUGCAGACUUCACUUCUCUGAUGCAAAACAAGAACCUGAAUGGUGUGCCCACAAUCACCAACCCCCUCAGAACAGCAAACCAACGCCAAGACAAGAAGCAGCCAUCCCAGGAAAAGCCACUUGGCCUGACCCCCAGCCCCAGGAAUCAGAAGUUGAACAGAAAGUACAGGUCCCAGCAUGACCAAAUGAUCUGCAAGUGCCUCUCUCUGAGCAUUUCCUACGCUGCGACCAUAGGCGGCCUGACCACCAUCAUUGGCACCUCCACCAGCCUCAUAUUCCUGGAACACUUCAACAACCAGUACCCAGCUGCAGAGGUGGUCAACUUUGGCACCUGGUUCCUCUUCAGCUUCCCCAUAUCCCUCAUCAUGCUGGUUGUCAGCUGGUUCUGGAUGCAUUGGCUGUUCCUGGGCUGCAACUUUAAAGAGACCUGUUCUCUGAGCAAGAAGAAGAAGACCAAAAGGGAAGAGUUGUCAGAGAAGAGAAUCCAAGAGGAAUAUGAAAAGCUGGGAGACAUCAGCUACCCUGAAAUGGUGACUGGAUUUUUCUUCAUCCUGAUGACCGUACUGUGGUUUACCCGGGAGCCUGGUUUUGUCCCUGGCUGGGACUCCUUCUUUGAAAAGAAAGGCUUCCGCACUGAUGCAACAGUCUCUGUCUUCCUUGGCUUCCUCCUCUUCCUCAUUCCAGCAAAGAAGCCCUGCUUUGGGAAAAACAAUGACGGUACAAGCCGGGAGUCCUCCCUACAGUCUGAGCCCAUCAUCACAUGGAAGGACUUCCAGAAAACCAUGCCCUGGGAGAUUGUCAUCCUGGUGGGAGGAGGCUAUGCCCUGGCUUCUGGCAGCAAGAGCUCUGGUCUUUCCACGUGGAUUGGGCACCAGAUGUUAUCCUUGAGCAGCCUGCCGCCAUGGGCUGUCACCCUGCUGGCAUGUAUCCUGGUGUCCAUUGUCACAGAGUUUGUGAGCAACCCAGCCACCAUCACCAUCUUCCUGCCCAUCCUGUGCAGCCUGUCUGAAACGCUGCACAUUAACCCACUCUACACCCUGAUCCCAGUCACCAUGUGCAUCUCCUUUGCAGUGAUGCUGCCUGUGGGCAAUCCCCCCAAUGCCAUCGUCUUCAGCUAUGGGCACUGCCAGAUCAAAGACAUGGUGAAAGCUGGCCUGGGAGUCAAUGUCAUUGGCCUGGUGAUAGUGAUGGUGGCCAUCAACACCUGGGGCGUUAGCCUCUUCCACCUGGACACUUUUCCAGCCUGGGCGAAGGUCAAUAACAUCACCAAUCAGGCCUAA